GAGCUUUGCCGCUGGGGAGCGUUUUGACUACACCAGAUACCUCAGCCACGAUGAUGGACCUGUUUGCAUUUGUGUCCUCAGACUCUGCUUCCACUAUGGAAGGUAUGUCAGUGGGAUUGAGAAGGGCCUCAAAGUAUUCCUUCCACCGCCCGACUAUAUCCUCAGUCGAGGUCAGCAAGCCUCCGUCUCCACUGUAAACAGUGUGAACCUGGUACUGCUUCCCCUUUCUGAGGCAUCAAAUGGUUUGCCAGAACCUCUUCGAGGCCAACCAAAAAUUGUGCUCCAUGGGCUCACCAAACUUCUCCCACACUCGCGUUUUUGCCUCGACCACCGCCAAAGCCGCGUGCCACUCGGCCUGCCGGUAGAAGAAGGCAGUCUCGCUUCUAAGGCCGGAUUACAGGAAGGAGAUGAGGUGGUGUCGGUGAACGGAGAGCAGUGUGUGACGGUCACCCUUUUACGAGCCCACGCCCUCAUGGAUACAUCCAGCAACCGCCUGCAGUUACUUGUCAAAAGGUCUGCAACCAAUGAAGCGUUAACAAGCUGCAUGAAGUACAGAAGCCAAAAUCCGACAGAGCUCUACAUAUCCGAGUCCCAGGAUGAGGCAUCUGAUGGUGACCAAGGCAUGGGGGGUGUCCCUGUAGACAUGGAAUGCACCUCUCUUGGAAGUGCCCACAGUAUCAAAGGAGAUGUCUCCACCAGAGGGUCCACCACUACAAAUGAAGCACCAUCCUCCAUCCGUAAGCCACUGAGCCAGUAUGGAGUUGUCCAAGAGAAAGUAUCAUCAGCAUCAGCAGGGAGGGGCCUGGGAAGAUCCCAGAGCGGAGCAGAGGACGGGGGAGGUCCUUGUGAGGGUCCUGGGUCUUUUAGAGUCGCUUUCGAAUUCCCUUCAGAUGAGGGGACGCCCGCAGAGGAGGAGGAGGAGGAGGAUUCCGACCAGGAGAAACCCAGCAGGCACCGGGCGAGGCACGCCAGGCUCAGGCGUAGCGAGAGUCUCUCUGAGAAGCAGGUGAAGGAAGCCAAGUCCAAAUGUAAACGGAUUGCCCUCCUCCUCACCACUGCGCCGCCCAACCCCAACAACAAGGGGCUGUUGAUGUUCAAGAAGCACCAGCAACGAGCCAAGAAGUACACCCUUGUGAGCUACGGCACCGGUGAAGACGAGCAAGACAGCACAGAAGAAGAGGACGGUGACGAGGAAGGCCAUCGAGGUGGAAUCCAUGUUUUGGAGUUCACCGUCGCAGCACAAGACCGAACCAAUUUAGAGGAACAUUUCAGCCAAGGCGGGAAAGGUGUGCUGACCAUCAGCCUCCAGGAUAAAGGUCUCCUUGGGCAGCAUAAGCAAAUGGAGUGUCUACCAGACACCAAGGGCAAGGGCGCUCUCAUGUUCGCCCAGCGGCGCCAGAGGAUGGACGAGAUCGCUGCAGAGCACGAAGAGCUCCGGCGCCAAGGGAUCCCAGUGGAAGGGGUACAGGAGAGGCAGAAAGUGGUAGAACCGUCCUACAUGCAGUCAGCCACAGAGGACCACGUGUACAUGGAUGUGAAUGUACACCAGCAGCAGUACCAGCAGCAGCAGUACCAGCAGCAGCAGUACCAGCAGUAUCAGCAGGUUCAGCAACAGAAAAUGUAUCAUCAGGAGUUUCCUCAGAAUGGCUCAGUCCAUCACCAAAGCAGUGAGAUGCAGAGAUCCCUUAGCAAUCGUACUGCAAAGCCCUUUUCGGUACAAAACAUGGCCGCCAGUCCUUACUCUACGGUCAUGAGUGGCGCCGAUCAAGAGUCUACAGGUCAAGGAGAGCAGAUUGCCUCCCGCGACGAGCGCAUUUCCACGCCGGCAAGCAGGACUGGCCUUCUGGAUUCCAAGAGAAGGAAUGCCGGCAAACCGAUGUUCACUUUUAAGGAGGCGCCAAAGGUAUCACCCAAUCCGGAGUUGCUGAACCUCCUUAACAUGAGCAAAGAUAAGAAGACGGGGUUCGAGUCUGGACCCGAGGAGGACUAUCUCAGCCUCGGUGCAGAGGCCUGUAAUUUCCUGCAGUCCGCACGGCUUAAACACAAGACUCCUCCACCAGUGGCCCCUAAACCCAUGAUCAACCCCAGCGCCACUCCCUGGUCCCCUCAGAUGGACAUGCCUCAGCAGCAUGCUGAAAAUAGUGCAUGCCCACCUGCUGUAGCCCCCACUGCUGAGACCACACCUUCCACAGACCGGGAGCCAAUCUCUGUUGCCCCUGAGCCAUCUCCCCCUCAAGCUGCAGAGAAACAACAAACAUGGCCUCCCUCUGUGCCAGAAACACAACAAGUGACACAAGUGCAAGAGGGGAAUGCUCACGCCAAUUCCUCGCCACAGCCUGAUCCAGGAAGAAUGUGGGAUUCAGCAUCAAUGCAAACAGCUCCACAGCAAUCCGCCAUUUCCUGUGGAUUCCAGGUACAACAGCCCCAGGAUCCACCUCCAACACAGUCCCCUUCUCAACAACCGUGGGCGACACAUCAGCCCGCUCUGAGCAAAGUCCAGGCUCAGCCCCCAGCAGCCAAUACUUGGCAGCCCUCCUGGACCCAACCAGAGCAAGAACAGCCUCCUGCCCAACCAUCCUGGUGUCCGCCACAAGAAUCACCACAAACAACCUGGACGCAAGAGCCACAAGUGCAGCCGACCUGGGGACAAGCGCAUACAGUGAUGCCGCAGCAAUCCCAGACUUCCUGGACCCAAGUACAGUCUCAAUCGGCAUGGCCGCAGCAUAAAGCCCAGGCGCAGCCACCUUGGGUUCAGCCAGAAUCCCAGCCACAACCACCAUGGUGUCAACCAGCACAGCCUCAGACUCCACCACAAGCCUGGUCACAAACCCAAGCGCCAGAUCAACACUGGGUUCCCCCUCAGCCUCAGCAGCAACCUCCGAUUAAUUCCUGGCCUCCGUCGCAACCUCCUUGGACCCAAGCAGCCCAAGCACAGCCUCCAGUCAGUUUGAAUCCAUGGGCCCCUGUUCCUGCCCAGCCAACAUGGACCCAGCAGGCUCCAGAACAGGUAGCGCAUGCCACUUCAUCCUGGGGAGCAACGCAAGAUCAGGUCCAACAGCAAUCACCUUGGGUUCAGCCUGCUCGUUUACAACCAUCGCCACAGCCCACCUGGCAAACUCCAAAGCCUCCACCGCAGCCUGCAAUGAACGCAUGGCCUCCAGCUCAACCUCAGACCCCUGUGAAUACUUGGGCACCUCAGUCCCAGCAAACACCAACAGCUAACACUCACCCCUUGCCAAAACCUUGGCAACAAAACCGCAGCCCUGCACCACUACCAGCACAGCAGCGAAACUUUGCUAGUGGUCAAAGAGUUUCCUCACCUGUGAACCCCUUGGCAACAAUCUUGAACCCAUCGUCUGCUGGCUCGGCUUUCGAGAUGCCAGCUGUUAAGGGAAAAGGUGCCGACAUGUUUGCCAAGCGGCAGUCUCGUAUGGAAAAAUACGUCGUGGACUCUGAGACUGUUCAAGCCAACAUGGCGAGCCGAUCGACGUCACCUGCCGCUUCCUUACCCAAUGAGUGGAAGUACACCCCUAAUGUACGUGCGCCACCUUCUCGGGCUUUUAACCCCAUUCAGUCCCCUUCUUAUCCCCCAGCAGCAUCAAAGCAACCCCCUUCCAGUGGCCCGGUGUCAAAAUCCAAGAAAAAAGGCAAACCUGCCGCAAAACCGCUCAAUGUUAUCGACGUCAUGAAGCAUCAACCUUACCAGCUUAGCGCCUCGCUCUUUACCUACGGUCCUGCAGCAGAGUUUGCCAAGGAAUCCAAACUUAGUUGUUCACCUCCUAGCCAUCAAGCGCCACUAUAUGAGCAAAUGUCCCCUGAUCAACCAGCUGGGACCUUUAGUCCACCAUACCCCCAGCAGGCUUACGAACCCAUGCAGCCUAUGCCGCAUGAUGGUACCUACCAGCCAACCCUUUACCCCCCUUCUGGUCCUUAUCAGCAACCUCCAGGUGGUCCCUCCUGGGUAGCAUACAACCAACAACCCAAUCCCCAGUACCAACCGCCUCCGGUCCCCUACCAAACAGCUGCUAAUCCACCUUACCUUUCACCUGCUUACCAGCAGCCUCACACUAACAUCCCCCAUAGCUUCCCUGUAGCUUCCCCACCUGAGUCCACAUCCGGGGGAAACUCAAUCGCCGCCCCCAAACCUAAAUUUACAGCAAGAAAAAGCUCCGCUCAGGUUUGGAAGCCCACCGGUAUUGAGAAAGAGUGAUCUCAGUCGCAUUAUGUUUAUUGGAAGGAUUCAUGUAAUUUUAAAGCUUUAAAGUUAAAAGAAUGUAGGGGGGUAUGAUGGGUAAAAUAGGACAGAAUUUUAGAAAAAGAAAGACGGAUGAUUGUAUGUACUUAACGCUCUGUAAAAAAAAAAAAAACAAGCAAAAAUACAAUCAUGGAAAAAAUGAUUAGACCACACGUUUCUUCAGUUUCUUGUUCAUUUUAAUGCCUGGUACAACUGAAGGUACCUUUGUUUGGACAAAUAUAACAAUGACAACAAAAAUAGCUCAUAAGAGUUAACUCUUUUGGCAGUACAAUGCUAUAGCUAUUCAUGUAAGAACUUAAAUGAUUUUGGUUAUUAUCAAGAAAACCUUGGAAGUUGCUAGAUAUCAGCUCUUAAAUUAAACUCUUAUGAGCUAUAUUUGUUAUCAUUAUAUUUGUCCUAACAAAUGUCCCUUUAGUUGUACCAGGCAUUAAAAUGGACCAAUAAACUGAAGAAACAAGGGUGGUCACAUCAUUUUUUCCAUGACUCUAUAUGGAGUUAACGUAAAUGUUUGCAAUUAUACAAGUGCAAAUCACCAAAAUUUGCUGAAGUUUAAUUCAAAUGAAUAUUUCCUUUACCUCUCGCAACCCUAUUGAGGACAAGCGGCAUAGAAAAAGAUGUAUGAAUUUCCUUCACCUGUGAGUACAAGCCUCAUGUUCGAAGCUAAAACGGUGGCAAAAAAUGGUGGUGUUUGCAAAGCCAAAUAUUUUAGAGAGGUGGUAGUUUGACAGCCCUAGAAGCGUCCUUUUUGAACCUUAUAAAUGUUAUAAUAAUAAUAAUAGUAAAAUUAUUUGAUUACUCCACUGUCUUUUGCCUUCAUGCAGCACCUUUGUCAAGUGACUUUAUUUUAAGCGUUUUUUUUUUCCUGCCAGCUGUUGCGUCAUGCUGGAUGUUAUAUUUAAACCACGGCUGACACAUAGCGGUCUUGAAUUUCAACUUGAGCCAAACUAAUCGACCAUAUAGCUUUAUCUUUGCAAUGGUCUUCAUAUGAAUAGAUUGCAUUUAUUUAUGUUUUGCAAUUUGCUUUUUUUGUUCCCUUUCUCCAUUUUCUUUCCCUCCUUAGUGUGUUCUCUUCUUCACGAUGCACUUUCCUGUAUACCAUUCACUGCAGUGCCAUUAAAAAACUUGUAUCCUUGUUUGGCUUUUUCUUUCUUUUGUUCCCUUUGCUGCAUGUUUUUUCCUUACUUAUUUUUUUUUUCAUGCUCUUUUCUUUUUUACAUCCUCUGCCAUUCUAUAUUAUUUACAAUUUGAAUAAAUUAUUGCAUCAAAAAUACAAAUAUAGUACAUUUUUAGCAUACAGUUUUUGUGUAGGAAAUACAUUUGGACAAGAUAGUUUACAUACAGUACCAGUCAAAAAUUUGGAGACACUUCCUGCUGCUAUACAGUGUGAAGGUGUCUCCCAACUUUUGACUACUGCUGAAUAUUCCUGCACUUUCUACCUUGUUAAGUAAACAAAUGCAACUACAACUACUACAACUACAGGCUUUAGAAGUACUACAGCAAUACUAGCAAAUACAACCACCACUACAACAAUGACAACUAACAGCUGAAACAAUAGCUACAACGACCAAAUGUAUUUAGAAAUGAUGUAAUAAUUGAUUUACUUUUCUAAUACACUAGUGUAUUUCCUUUUCUCCUGUGCGUUCUAGCCCUUGUAAUUCUAUCUUUCACCACACGAUGGCAGCUCUGUACUUCCUGUAUGUGUUGCACAGUAGUCUGGCUUCAAAAGAUUAUUUAUUUUCAUGCAUAAGUUGAACAAAUAAGGAUGAAAAAAAAUUCAGAAGUCACAGUUGCCUCACAUUUACUAAAAUAAACUACAUUUGUGG